CACUUCGAUAACAAUAAUGUCUCUGGGAUGAAUCACUCUGGUCAGGACAGACGAAUGAUUUCAGCGGCUCUGCAAACUUCUACCUCUUACUACGCUCUCCUGUUUAUAAAGCAAGCUCUCGCUUUUUCGAAGUAAUCUCGACACUUCUGUUCCUUAUCUACUUAUCAGUUACCACCGCCUUCCCGGGUACUCAUCUCAAACAGCACAUCAUCCCCGACGGUCGCCACAUUAGCCGUACACCCUACCUCCUCGGUUUUUUCACUUCAGUUGACCUUACGAGUAAUCCACGCUGCUGCAAUCUCCAUCGUUCAAAUCUUUACGACGUUCGCAAAAGACAGUUGACGUGACUCGAAAUAUACCUAAUGAGUGGUUGAGUGCCGCUAUGGAUGCCCAUGAACUGUCGUUUCGCGAUGGUCACGGAUCCUCUACCUCGACUGUGAAAGACGAGUCUGCCUCGGAAGAGAAGCCGCUGAAUCUCCCAGGAGAUUCUUCCUUUGCAUCUGUAUUUGGCCCAUCUGAGACCGUUGAAGAUGUCGAAACGGAACCCGAAUCUACACAAGACAAGCCCCACAGUUUCAACACCCAAAAACCUUUACGUGAAAAGCUGGCUGGCAAGAACGUCGCACCCUUUCUGGCCAAGCAUAUCCCCGAACAAUACGCUCCUCUUGGUUCGCAAACUGGACAGCCGGUAGAAAUCAGCAGUGCGAAUUCCAAAUUCUGUUAUCGUCACCGCCCAGAUUUAAAGUGCAGGCGACAGGCUGAUGAACCAACAAUGGACAAGUUACAACGGGAAUUAGAAACACUACCACAGAGUGAUCAGCAAGGCAUCGCGCAUGCUUGGUCGAUUUUUUCUGCCGCCCCGGCGAAGCACCGAAAACUUCUCCUGCAGGGAAUAAUGGCUCAGUGUUGCUUUCCCCAACUGUCUUUCAUCUCAGCAACAGUCCGCGAUUUGAUUCGCAUCGACUUCCUCACGGCUCUCCCUCCAGAAAUCUCCUUCAAAAUUUUAUGUUACUUGGACACGACCUCUCUCUGCAAAGCCGCGCAGGUCUCUAGACGUUGGAGAGCGUUGGCCGACGAUGAUGUAGUUUGGCACCGAAUGUGUGAACAGCAUAUUCAUCGCAAGUGCAAGAAAUGUGGUUGGGGCCUUCCUCUUCUCGAUCGUAAAAGGUUGCGUGAAUCUAAGCGCGAAAUCGAACGCCGUGCAGCUACAUGGGAUAUCAGCGAGCAGCCAGCGGAGACCGAAAACAAUUCGGCUACUACCGACACCGCAGCGUCCGGAUCCAAGCGAAAACCUGAAUCGGAUGAUGAAGACACGGCCAUGGUAAAACGUCAGUGCACGUCCAUUGUUUCUCAAUCAGAGCAAAAUGAGGACUACUUUAAGAAACGAUACAGGCCGUGGAAGGAAGUGUACAAGGAUCGCUUCAAAGUGGGCACAAACUGGAAAUAUGGGCGCUGCUCGAUCAGAGUGUUCAAGGGACACAGUAACGGCAUCAUGUGUUUGCAAUUUGAGGACAAUAUCCUGGCUACUGGGUCCUAUGAUGCUACCAUCAAAAUUUGGGACACGGAAACAGGCGAGGAGCUUCGCACCCUCAAGGGACACCGGUCCGGCAUUCGCUGUCUUCAAUUCGACGACACGAAACUGAUUAGUGGCAGCAUGGAUCAUACUCUCAAGGUGUGGAAUUGGCGGACAGGCGAAUGCAUAUCUACCUACUCCGGCCACCGUGGUGGUGUAAUCGGCCUGCAUUUCGACGCGACUAUCCUUGCAUCUGGGUCUGUAGACAAGACCGUGAAGAUCUGGAAUUUUGAGGAUAAGUCAACUUGUCUUUUGCGUGGGCACACCGACUGGGUCAAUGCGGUCAGAGUGGACUCGGCCUCUCGAACAGUAUUUUCUGCCUCAGACGACUGCACGGUCAAACUCUGGGAUCUGGAUACAAAGUCCUGCAUCAGAACAUUUCACGGGCAUGUUGGUCAAGUGCAGCAGGUGGUUCCACUUCCCAGGGAAUUUGAAUUCGAAGAUCAUGAUGUCGAAUGCGAGAAUGAUAACGUUAGCGUCACCUCCGGCGACAGUCCGGCUGCUUCUCCGCAGGCUAUCCCUGGAUUUGAUGCUCAGCCCUCAGACACUCCGUCUUCUGCUUUUGGCCCAGCUUUCGACGACGGACGUCCUUCACCACCACGUUACAUAGUAACCAGCGCUCUUGACUCGACCAUUAGGCUGUGGGAGACCUCGUCCGGAAGGUGCUUGCGUACAUUCUUUGGUCAUCUGGAAGGAGUGUGGGCUUUAGCGGCUGACACCCUCCGUAUCGUCUCGGGGGCUGAGGAUCGCAUGGUCAAAAUCUGGGAUCCCAGGACCGGCAAAUGCGAGCGCACAUUUACAGGACAUUCAGGGCCAGUGACCUGCAUCGGUCUGGGCGACAGCCGCUUCGCUACAGGCAGCGAAGAUUGCGAAGUGCGCAUGUACAGUUUCCAGACCUGAAAUGCUCCUUUCUGUUUACUUCUUUUAUUACUUGUUAAUACCCCUGGGCUGGUGUUCUUUCUUUUGCCUACCUUUUAGGGCUGAAUCUUUUAGGGCUCAGAGCAUAUGGCGUUUGGUUUCAUUCGCAAGCAGGACUAUGGAAUGUCCACCAUGUAUCUUAAUGGCAGUAAAUGAAACAGAUUCUCACAAAUUACAUUGCUUGUCUACCAAG